AUGACAUACUCUCUAUGUGGGAACACAGUUAGUCAAUUUGAUAAUUCAAACCAAUCCCCAAGACUUACUAUUGGUAUGAGAGGAUUAAGCCCUCGAAGACGAGGAAAUAGUUCAGGGGAAUAUGAAAAAUUAAAAAAUGAAAAUAUCAUAUUAAGACAAAAGAUAGAGCAGUUAGUUAAUGCAGAGAAAAAAGUUUUAUUUAUAUCUGCUGAAGAUAGUAUUAUUGGAACUAAGAAAAAAGUAGAAGAAAAUGGAAAAGAAGAGUUUAUUGAAAUUAAGAGUGGAAUAAAAGACUUUGAAACAAUCACUUAUAAUAAUCAGAACUAUAUUAUUCGAAUAGAACAAAAAGAAGAUGUUUGGGUUGAUGGUAAAACUCUUUUCUAUUCCACUAUAGGAAAAAAUACGAUUGUCUUACCUAAUGAUGAUAUUAUUGAUGUUUUACAAUUGAUGAAUAACCAAAAUCAUUUUAUUAAAAGAGUUCAAAGGAGUGAUAUUAAAAAUAUAAAACAAUAUGAAAAUGAAAACCAAGAUUAUUAUAUUAAUACAUUCACUGUGGUUUUGAUCAAUGGAAACAAAAAUAAUUUAAUUGACUGGCUCCAAAAAAAAGUUGAUACAAUUUGCAAUACAUCAAAACAAAUAGAAGAUGAUUUUAAUCAAUUAAAAAUUCAAUUAAAACAAGUUAUUCAAAGAUCUAAUGAAAUUCAAAAGGAAAAUGAAACUAUUAAACAAACUCCUCAAUACGUUAAAGAUCUAGAGAGAUUAACCCAACUUAAAAAAUUAAAUAUUGAUACAACAUUUGAACCAAUGAAUUUCAAUAUCACUGCUUUGGAACAAAAAAGAAUAUUUAUUGAAGAUGUUUCUUGUGUUCAUUAUUUAUUUGAAAAAUAUUUAUUUAUUAAGUAUAAAACAAAUAAUCCGGAAGCUGUUAUUUGUUUAAUUAAUGAUGGAGGUAAUGAACCUGCUAUCGUACAUAAAAUUAAAAAAGGAGUUGAUUAUCCAUUAACUAUUGAAGAUAAACAAAAGGCAUUAAUGUUUGGAAGAGGGAAUGGUUUAAAAGCAAACGAAAAUGAUGAACUUCUUCUUCUUGACCCUAAAGAAACAACAAAAAUUAAAUGUAUUACUUCUCCUUCUAUUUUUGAUAGAAUUCAUAUAAAAGAAGGUGUUUAUAUAACUAGUGUUGAUAUUACUUCUUAUGACAAAACAAAACCAUUAGUUUUAGAGUAUUUCUCAGUCACUACAACAAUUCAAUUAAAGAAAGAACAUUCAUUACAGUUAUAUAAAAUGCAAUUACCACAAUCUUUAAAUAAAUCUGGGUUAAUUAUGUGUAUAGAACAAGUAAAAGAUACUGAUAUAGAUAAAUUUAUUAUCAAAACAAAAGAUUCAUUCGUUAAACCUCACACAAAACCAAAAAAUAAUGUUUUUUUCAUUGAAUCUUCUUCAUGGAUUUUAAAAACUAAAUUUGCUGAUAUACCAGUUUUAUUAAUGAUUCCAUGGAAAGAUGAUCCUCUUUAUAAAGUUUAUUAUUUUGUUUCAGAAGGUAUUUCUCAUCAAGUAGAAAUUCACAUAUAA